AUGUCGGGGAAACAAGACAUGACCCAGGAGACCAACAGGAGGAGUCCUGUGCUCUGCUCCACGGGCUGCGGUUUCUAUGGCAACCCCAGGAAUAACGGCAUGUGCUCCGUGUGCUACAAAGACUUUCUCCAGAGACAGAGCGGCAGCGCAUGCGCCACCACGUCUGCCGCUUCUUCUGCCCACAGCAGCAGCAGCAGCAGCAGGGGAGAGACUCUUCUGGCUCAAAGCUGUGACAGUACCACAAUCUCUUUACCAGCUGCUACGUCAUCUGUACCAGAAGACUCUGGACACUGCAGUGGACCGUCCACAUCAGCCAGGAGCAGCAGCCUGACAGCAGACUGUUUGAAAACACUCGGGGCUGAAGGAUCAGUUGACAGGACCGCAGAGACACACAAGAAGCCCAAAGAAGAGAAGAAGCGCUGCUUCACCUGCCGCAAGAAGGUUGGUCUGACAGGCUUUGACUGCAGGUGUGGACACAUCUUCUGCAGCCUGCACCGAUACUCUGACGAGCACAACUGCACCUUUGACUACAGAGCUGAGGGUGCAGAGAGAAUCAGGAGGGAAAACCCCAAGGUGACAGGAGAGAAGAUCCGGAAGCUCUGA